AAAUAACUUCCCAGUUGCUAACUGCAGUAUAAUUGUGGGUAUUGAGCUGAAGAAAUCAUUUUGGAGCGCGCAGCAACUCUGCCUUUCAAGAAGGUAAAAACAACUGAAGGUAUACAAAAAGGCACAUCGUAUUUCCUAGAAUCACUGAUUGCUGACGGUCAGGCCCCUACUGAGACUCCUAUUUUUGACGUUCUAUAAGAAUCCAGCCAUGUCAGGAACCAUAGCGGCUGAGAGCACAGGAGGAUUGGCUGUGUUGCUGGUGCUGGUGCUCUGUGCACUGUUUUCACCUGCUACAGCCACUUUGGGCAUCUUUCAAAGCAGAGUUACGUAUGACCCCGCAAUAAUAGAAGAGUUCAGAGUGGAAGGAGUGGCAACUGUGAGUAUAGGAGGCACUGGCCCCAAUUUGCUCGAUUUUUUCUUUGAUUGUAACAACACCAACAACAAUGGCGCUGGCAUACAAUGGAACAGAGUAGGAGGCUUGCAGAUAAGUACCGAGCCAGGCACAUACAGUGGCCUAAGGUUGCAGCUGGAGAAUGUUGAUUAUCCCGAUUUGGGUGUGUAUGUAUGUACGGACACCACCACAGGAGAAUUGUUGGAGCUCAACAUUACAAUCAGUAAUCCAGCAGUGUGUCCUGUAAGAGACAUAGUCACCACUCUAGAAGGUGGUCAAGUUCAGUUGGAGGUCUACGUAGCCAGUUACCCUCUCCUUACUGGUAACCAGAUCCACUGGUACAGACCCAACGGUAAUGAGAUAUUCGCCAGCGAACCAAAUUUCCAGUUUGUCAAUAGUCGCAAGUCACUUAUUCUCAGUAACGUGCAACUGGCUGACUUAGGGAGGUAUGAAGUGGAAGGUUUAUUAGCUUCUGGCCCAAUUGUAAUCGGCAGAGAUCGAACAGGAAUCACUCUGGACAUUCAAGUCCCUCCACAAAUGCAAACACAACCAGUCAACGAGACGACCAUAUUAGAGAGAGAGCCAUUCAGCAUCUCAUGCACUGCGUCAGGCAUUCCUGCCCCCAACAUCACCUGGGUGAGAGAAGAUGGCUCAGACUUGAACACUCUGGCCACGAUAACCCCCCAGUCCAAUUCAUCCCUGCCCCUCGCCUUUGUGACUAGCACUCUCUCAGUACCCUUCGCCCUCUACUCAGACAGUGGUCGCUAUCGAUGCUCUGCUGAUAACGAUAUCUCUAAUCCGGUGUUGUCGGAUUUCUCAGAAAUCACUGUGAGACCAACCAUACUUUUGACUGAUUCCAACGACCAACCAUUGUCUAUUACUAAUGUUAUCUCACAGCCCAAUGGUUCAGGGUUUAUUGUUAAGUGUCACGGCUCUAGUAACAUCAUUUGGACUAGCUCGAAUGGAGUCCUCAUCCCAAACAACCAGAGUGGAACUUUAUAUCAAAUAUUUGACAGUAUUGGUGAACAGGUAUCUCUGGUAUUCACAAGUUUUUCUCCUAAUGAAGUGGCAGUGUAUACGUGUGAAAGCCCUUUGAACGAUGUCAACAAUGUCCCUGUUACUGAGAGUAUCUUUGUCACCAACUCUGAUCCAGCUGUCUUCAUUGCUACCACUGUCAUGUACGUUUUGGAGGGGGACUCAGUAUCUAUUGAGGCAGGCAUUUACUCUUCUAACACGUUUGAAGUACAGUGGUUUCUUGGAGAGCAGUUGCUGAAUAUUACUAGUAACCCCCAGCUUUCUCAGACAAUCGAGGGGAACGUGUACAGGCUGAACAUUGCUAGUAUCAACAGUCAACUUUUGGGCCUGUACACUGUGGUGGUGACUCGUGAGGGGCAGACUGCUUCUGAUAAUGUUACUGUCUUUUAUGCAUUUUCACCUACUGUAACUCUGUCUGAAACUGAACUGACUGUAACCGAGGGGGAAGAAGUCAGAGUUCAAUGCCUGGGUGAGGGAGUGGGUGUGGUUAGAAUUCGGUGGUAUUUUGAUAACGAGGAGAGUGCACUACAGAGUGGAAACAAUCUGGUCAUCCCUUCAGUUGUAAGUACCCACACUGGACUCUAUGAGUGCAGAGUGUCCAACAUUGCUGACACAGUCACAAAGACAGUACAAAUCACUGUUAGAUAUAUGCCAUUCAGCAUGAUCCAGUACAAGAGUAUCUCUUCCAUGUUCAGUCCAAUCUUUUCCCCCAUCUUUGGAGAGUCGACUAUUGCUCCCGUCUUCAUGUGUACCUCUGAUGGUUACCCACAGCCGACGAUCACAUGGCGAGCUACUAGUGAAACUGGUUUCCCGAAUGGAGUCAUUACACAAGCAGAAGGACAGGAGCUAGUGUGGACACGUCCCUUUGAGCACACAGACUCUAUGCAAUAUGAGUGUGUCAGUGAGAAUGAGCUGGGGACCAGUGUCACCACUAUGAAUUUAUUCAUACCAUACUCAGCAGUGUCCACAACUCCUAUGGUUACAACUCCUAUGGUUACAACUCCUAUGGUUACAACUCCUAUGGUUACAACCAGUGAAGAAGAUUCUACUAUUGCGGCUAUUUAUGGUGGUGCUGUUGGUGGGAUACUGGUGUUAGUGUGUCUUAUUGGUAUCUGCUUGAUUGCCCUACUCUUACUGAAGAAAAAGCUAUCUAGUGAAGAACAAAUAGCUGCUCCAAUUUACGAGGAAGUAGGUCUUUCAGGAAAUGACAUUCAACUCGAGUACAAUGAUGCAUAUGGAAAGGCUGUUAGAUGCUCCAAGGGUAUUCAACUACAAUCUAACCAGGCUUAUGAACUAGCAGCCCCGCACUCAAUUACAAGCUCAUCAAGGGAUAUGGGAUUUUAACCAGGCGUAGAAAGUCAUAGAACUGCAUGCGUUGUAUACUUUUAGUAGCUCGAGAUACUAACAGUUGAUUCAUACUAUAGUAACUGAACUCAUUGUAGAAUCACAUUGAUCGUG